CUUCUGUCACGCGCCUCAUGUUUGUUCGGAUUCAGUCAUGAUGCAUGAGUCGCGGCUCGCCGAAAGCUACAACGCGCGGUAAAGUAUGUAAUGAUUCAUUCCAAAGGGCCUCGAGCUCCAAACCACCCCUUCUCCAGCCGGUAGCGCUCCCACUUGUCUGACCAUCACCACUCGAAAAUUUCUGACUAUAUGAAUGCCCUCGGGCUUUCCUCUGUCUGGCAUAUUUUCACACUUCGUGACCAUGAAGUACUGGCUUGCAUUUGAAGUCUUUGCUUCUUAUAUAUAUUCUGUGGUGGGCUAUAGUCUCGUCCGCGAAUAUUCGGGGCAGAGCUUCUUUGAUCUAUGGGACUUUUAUGGCGGUUAUGACAACACGACUCAAGGUAAUGCCAUAUGGGUCAACCAAUCCUAUGCAACCAGUCAGAAGCUAGCAUAUGUAGACAGUCAAGGAAAUGUCAUAAUCAAGGUGGACAACAUAACAGACGUGCCUAUGGGCCAGAACCGUAGCUCAGUUCGCAUAACCACUCAAGAUACUUAUGAUGUUGGAAGCCUUUGGAUAAUUGAUCUCAAUCACAUACCGUUUGGAUGCUCGGUUUGGCCCGCGUUUUGGAGUUUUGGGCCUAACUGGCCAGAGGAUGGGGAGAUAGAUAUCAUCGAGGGCAUCAACUUGAUGUCCGAUAAUCAAAUAAGUAUUCACAGUACGCCAGGAUGCACUCAAAAUGGAUCAGAAUAUCAACUUGGUACAAGCGGUGCAACGACCAACUGUUCUGAACCCUCUGGAUGCACAGUGAUGGAAACCUCUCCGAAUAGUUAUGGAAGCGGUUUCGCGGCAGCUGGUGGGGGCGUUUGGGCUACGCAGUUUGAUGUGUCGGGUAUCUUUAUCUGGUUCUGGAGUCGUCCUGACGUGCCCACUUCCAUCCUUCAAGUUGAUUCAGCUUCCAUGGAUGUCACUCAAUGGGGGAUUCCGCAUGCCAGUUAUCCUUCUAGCAGUUGCAACAUCACCCAAUAUUUCACUGCGCAGAACCUAGUUUUAGACAUUACUCUUUGUGGAAACUGGGCAGGGGCUGGAGGAUCCUAUAAUGCGUCAUGUGGCAAUUCAGGUCCAACAGGCCUAUGUUAUCAGGACUGCGUAGUUGGGCCUGGAAGUCCACGAUAUGAUAACGCAUAUUUCAACGUUUCUUAUGUUCGUGCAUAUACCUCUGCUCUGCCAUCCGCCACUUCAACGACAUCCAUUAUUCCAACGACAUCCACCACUCCUACAACAGCAACGACGAGCUCGACGACAAGCUACGGUGGGCAAUUCAUCGAGAGCUCCGAUAACAAUGGAUGGGGCGCAGUAGUGAUGCUUCUCAUUGCAGCCCCAAUUGCCGUAAUCGGUUCAUGGCCGCUCAUGUUCAAGAAGUGGCGUCAGGGCAUACCACCAGUACAGUCCGCGUAGUUUCACUUCACUUAUGGCUGUUUAUGACUCAGACGACUUAAAUAACUUACGGCUGCCUUUUAUAUCUAGAUUGGACAAAGAGCCACUGACAGAUUGAUGUACUAUUGUUAUGCACAAGUAAACGACAGACUUGCGUUUCAUGUGACACGUACUACC